CUCCGUCGCCGUUGCCGCAGUGACAGGACCGGGCCGCUCUUAAGAGCUGGGAAAUGGCGGCGGCAUCGUCGUCGCGUCGCUCCCAGCAGCAGCAGCAGCAGCAGCAUCACCACCCGGCCGCGACUCCCGCGUCGCCGCCGCCGCCGCAGAGCCCCAGCCUUUCCCCCCUCGGAGCUUCCCCUCAGCAGAGGCCCAGCCUCGCUGGACCUGAGGGGGAGGCGGCGGUGGCGGCGGAGAGGCCUUUCUCCCCGGAGAGCGUCUGCGAGGCCGCCGGGCCUCCUCCCCCUCCGGGCUCCGGCGCCAGCAGCGCCGCCAACAGCAGCACCAGCAGCAGCAGCAGCAGCUCCGGCUCGUCGCCGUCGUCGUCGUCCUCGGCCGCUUCCAGCCCGGCCGCCGCCGAGAGCCCCGAGCCGCCCGCCCCGCCUCUGCAGCCGCCCCCCGCGCCCGUGGGAAGCGGCACUUUCCGCGAGCUGCUGGAGGCCUGUCGCAAUGGGGACGUGACCCGCGUCCGGCGCCUGGUGGAUGCCACCAACGUCAACGCCAAGGAUAUGGCGGGGAGGAAAUCCACCCCCUUGCACUUCGCGGCAGGUUUUGGAAGAAAGGAUGUAGUGGAACACUUAUUACAGACAGGAGCCAAUGUCCAUGCUCGUGACGAUGGUGGAUUGAUACCUCUUCAUAAUGCCUGUUCAUUCGGUCAUGCUGAGGUAGUCAGCCUGUUGCUGUGUCAGGGUGCAGAUCCAAAUGCCAGAGACAACUGGAAUUAUACUCCUCUGCAUGAAGCUGCUAUCAAAGGCAAGAUAGAUGUGUGUAUUGUGCUUCUGCAGCAUGGAGCUGAUCCAAAUAUUCGAAACACAGAUGGGAAGUCGGCCUUGGAUCUUGCAGAUCCCUCUGCAAAAGCUGUACUUACAGGUGAAUACAAGAAAGACGAACUCCUGGAAGCUGCUAGGAGUGGUAAUGAAGAAAAACUAAUGGCUUUGUUGACACCUUUAAAUGUGAACUGCCAUGCAAGUGAUGGGCGAAAAUCUACUCCGUUACAUUUGGCUGCAGGAUACAACAGAGUCCGGAUAGUCCAGCUUUUGCUUCAGCAUGGUGCUGAUGUCCAUGCGAAGGAUAAGGGUGGACUUGUGCCCCUUCACAAUGCAUGUUCCUAUGGACAUUAUGAAGUUACAGAACUGCUGUUGAAGCAUGGUGCCUGUGUUAAUGCGAUGGAUCUUUGGCAGUUUACCCCAUUACAUGAAGCCGCUUCUAAGAAUCGUGUGGAAGUUUGUUCUUUGUUACUUAGCCAUGGUGCAGAUCCAACGUUGGUCAACUGUCAUGGAAAGAGUGCUGUUGACAUGGCCCCAACGCCUGAGCUGAAAGAGAGGCUUACCUAUGAAUUCAAAGGACAUUCCUUACUACAAGCAGCAAGAGAAGCUGACUUAGCCAAAGUAAAGAAGACACUUGCCUUGGAGGUCAUUAAUUUCAAGCAGCCACAGUCCCAUGAGACAGCACUGCACUGUGCUGUGGCUUCUCUUCACCCCAAACGGAAACAAGUCACUGAGUUACUGCUUCGGAAAGGAGCGAACGUCAAUGAGAAGAAUAAAGAUUUCAUGACACCUUUGCAUUUUGCUGCUGAACGAGCUCACAACGAUGUUAUGGAAGUUCUUCAUAAACAUGGAGCAAAGAUGAAUGCACUAGACACACUUGGACAAACUGCUUUGCAUAGGGCUGCUAUGGCAGGUCACCUGCAGACAUGUCGCCUCCUGCUGAAUUAUGGUUCGGACCCCUCCAUCAUCUCCUUACAAGGUUUUACAGCAGCGCAGAUGGGCAACGAAGCAGUGCAGCAGAUAUUGAAUGAGAGCACUCCUGUACAUACAUCUGAUGUGGAUUACAGACUGUUGGAAGCCUCUAAAGCUGGAGACUUGGAAACUGUGAAGCAACUUUGCAGUCCUCAGAAUGUGAACUGCAGGGAUUUGGAGGGGCGUCAUUCAACCCCAUUGCACUUCGCUGCAGGUUAUAACCGAGUGUCAGUCGUGGAGUACUUGCUUCAUCACGGAGCGGAUGUGCAUGCAAAGGAUAAAGGUGGCUUAGUGCCCCUCCACAAUGCCUGUUCAUAUGGACACUACGAAGUGGCAGAGUUAUUGGUGAGACACGGGGCAUCUGUCAACGUCGCAGAUCUGUGGAAGUUCACACCGCUACAUGAAGCAGCAGCAAAGGGGAAAUAUGAAAUCUGCAAGCUCCUUUUAAAACAUGGAGCAGAUCCAACAAAAAAGAACAGAGAUGGCAACACACCCCUAGACCUCGUGAAGGAGGGAGACACAGAUAUACAGGACCUGCUGCGAGGUGAUGCAGCUUUGUUAGACGCUGCCAAGAAGGGCUGCCUGGCGCGAGUUCAGAAAUUGUGUUCUCCAGAAAACAUCAAUUGCCGAGAUACCCAGGGACGAAACUCAACUCCGCUGCAUCUUGCUGCUGGUUACAAUAAUUUGGAAGUUGCUGAGUAUCUUCUGGAGCACGGUGCUGAUGUCAACGCUCAAGAUAAAGGAGGAUUAAUUCCACUACAUAAUGCAGCAUCCUAUGGGCAUGUGGAUAUAGCUGCUUUGCUGAUUAAGUACAAUACCUGUGUAAAUGCCACAGAUAAAUGGGCAUUUACACCAUUGCAUGAAGCAGCACAAAAAGGAAGGACGCAGCUGUGUGCCCUACUUCUAGCUCACGGAGCAGAUCCAACGAUGAAGAACCAAGAAGGCCAGACACCUUUGGAUUUAGCUACAGCUGAUGAUAUUCGAGCCUUGCUGAUAGAUGCGAUGCCCCCAGAGGCCUUGCCAACCUGCUUUAAACCUCAGGCUACUGUUGUUAGUGCCUCUAUCAUUUCGCCAGCAUCAACUCCAUCCUGUCUCUCUGCUGCCAGCAGCAUAGACAACCUUGCAGGACCUCUGGCAGAAAUAGCAGUGGGAGGGGCGCCCAAUGCUGGUGAUGGAGCAGCAGGAACAGAAAGGAAAGAAGGAGAAGUUGUUGGACUUGACAUGAACAUCAGUCAGUUCCUGAAGAGUCUUGGUCUGGAACAUCUUCGGGAUAUCUUUGAAACAGAACAGAUUACCUUGGAUGUACUGGCAGACAUGGGACACGAGGAGCUGAAAGAAAUUGGCAUCAAUGCCUAUGGGCAUCGUCAUAAGUUGAUAAAAGGUGUAGAGAGACUUCUAGGUGGGCAGCAAGGCACCAAUCCUUAUUUGACUUUUCACUGUGUCAGCCAGGGAACUAUCCUGAUAGACCUUGCUCCUGACGACAAAGAGUAUCAAUCUGUGGAAGAAGAGAUGCAGAGUACCAUCAGGGAACACAGAGAUGGUGGCAAUGCUGGGGGGAUCUUCAACAGGUAUAAUGUCAUCAGGAUUCAAAAGGUGGUGAAUAAGAAGCUGAGGGAGAGAUUCUGUCAUAGACAGAAAGAAGUCUCAGAAGAAAACCAUAACCACCACAAUGAACGCAUGUUAUUUCAUGGGUCCCCUUUUAUUAAUGCUAUUAUUCACAAAGGAUUUGAUGAAAGGCACGCAUACAUUGGAGGCAUGUUUGGAGCUGGGAUUUACUUUGCAGAAAAUUCCUCUAAAAGUAACCAAUACGUAUAUGGAAUUGGGGGAGGCACAGGUUGCCCCACGCAUAAAGACAGAUCGUGCUACAUCUGCCACAGGCAAAUGCUCUUUUGUCGUGUGACGCUGGGGAAAUCCUUCUUGCAGUUUAGCACCAUGAAAAUGGCCCAUGCCCCGCCUGGGCAUCAUUCAGUCAUUGGCCGGCCAAGCGUCAAUGGACUUGCAUAUGCUGAGUAUGUUAUCUAUAGAGGAGAACAGGCUUACCCCGAGUAUCUGAUUACAUACCAAAUUGUAAAGCCAGAUACUCCCUCACAGACAGCAACGGCCGCAGAGCAGAAGACCUAGUAAAUGCUGUUUUGGUGAAACAAAUCAGAUGACUUUAAUAACUUACGGACUGGAUGGAUGACAUUAGUUUCAAAACAUCAACGUUUUAUGAAAUGCUUGUCACCCUGGAACUAAGCUGUAUGCGUUUUAUAAAGCAUUGCUCUAUAAACAGAUGUGAGUAACGGAUACGUACUCAAUUGCUACUAUUCCUUUUGAGGAAAUGUUUACAAAGGUUUGCCUUUUAACAACAUAUCUCAGGCUCACUUUCCCUGCAGUUGCCAUGUGUGUGACGACAUCAUUGCUUCAAUCUGGGUGUUUGGGAACAUUAUUUAACAAGCAGGGCUAGGUCAAGACCAUAUUUUUAAAAAUAAAUUCUGACGCCACUGCUCUGGUUGUGUGAUGUGUGCAUAGCUUGUAUUGAACCCAUGCCGCCUUUUCAGAGUUGGUUGUCUUUUCGAAAAGUCCUUAGUUGGCUAUUUAUUUUACUCCCCCCACCCCCCUGCCCACUGUGUUACGAAAAUGAGCCAGGCCCUUCUUGAGGAUAUUUUUUGCACAAAGUCAAAUUGACUAAAAUCAAUGAACAAUGCAAUAGGAAUUUCUUGUCCAAGAAGGUGUUAGAGAUCUAGUUCUUUGGUUUGAGAUUCUUUUUGCACUUUUUAUGAACUCUUCUUUUUUUAUGUUACUAGAAGCGUAGUUUCGGGGUAGAAACCUGUCCUUUUGACCUUCUUGAGUUCCUCUUUCGAUAAGAGGAGUUCAUACUAGUAUUCAUGUAGCAACCUCAUUUUAAAAACACCCCUGUCCUUGAAAUGUAUGAGUUACUUUGCUAGGAUGAACACAAACGGAUAAAUCUGCCAGAGGAACCUGUGUUUAAUGGCAUGUUUCAGUCAUCGCUUUCUCUCUGGAAAGAGAUCAAGCAAUGGGCCUUGAUACUGCUCCUUCUGCCCAUCCCAGCCCUCUCCAUCCCAGCGCUUAACAACACAGGAAGAAAUGAGCACGUGAACAAAAGCCCCAGUGGUUGUUUGAACUGGACAUCUCAUGUAGUUCUCUCCAUGAAAACAAGCCAGUGGGGGGGGGGAGGGGUGAGCCAGGAGCCCGCCAUUGGUACAAUCCAAGAGAAAAAAAUCUUUCCCACACAGGGGCUGUGAGAAAGUGAAAAUUGUCCUUAAGCUUACAACCAGAAUAAAUUCUAAACUGUUACAUUGCCGACGGUCUCAGUCAUGUGCUGUAUCAGCAACUGUCUUCUGACGUGCAAAUUGUGCGGGGUUUUUUUUUUUAAAAAAGCACCAAUUGAUCAAGGAGCGUAUUUGCAUUUAUCUAAUCCCAGAAGCCUGACAGUUAUUUUCCCUCCAUUAAAUUUGUCCCCAUAAAUCUUGUUUGUAUGUGAAGAAGCCUCUUUGUGACCUACCUUUCUAUUUUCAGAGGUCUAGCCACAAAAAAAAUAAUUUUUCCAAGAGAAGCAACUUUUUUAAAAAAAACAACAAUGCAAAAUAGCUUUAGGGGAGAAAGGAAGAAGUUGAAAAUUAAGUAGCAAUAGAGGUUUAUAAAUAGGAUAUGUAACAGAGAGAUUGCAGUGUUUGUUGUAGAAAUAUAACCUUGUAAAAUCUUUAGUCUGAGGAGGUCAACAGCCAAAGAAGGUUGAAUUGCUCAAAUUACAGUUCUUCCAUUAAAGGUUUUAUUAUGAUUAUUUCUUUAGAGUAACAACAGCAGACUGUGGCAAUUAUUUUACAACAUAUACUGGCAUCUGCUUGGAAAUGGUGGCAAAAAAUCUUACCUGCUGACACAGCAAGCACAAGAACAAAACCCAAAAAACCUUUUGGAAAAAAUGUCUUUGCCAAUAAUAAUCAUGUAGACUUUGACAUUGGUCAAGAUCAGUACUUGAUUCAAGCUGACGAAAUGACUUCUAAUAUUAAGAGAGACCAGAUGAAACAAGCUUUGACAACUGUGAACCUUUCCCUUUGCUUCUGUUGUCCAUGGCCACUUAAGUCUCGUUGGGUUUGUUGGCUUACAGUGUAGGACUUUGAAGGCCAAAGCUGACCAAAAUAGUUUUUCUUUUAAUUAAGAAGGCAUGUUGGGGCUUCACUGUUAGCAUUCUGAAUACCAUUCAUGUUGGGAUUUAUGUUUUUAAGCAUAGCUGGGGGGAUAUGGCAACUGCAUUGCAAGCUAAAAGACUUUUCCGCCAGCUUCACGUAGUUGUUAGUCGUAACCCAGCCGUACUUCAUAGUUAAGUUAAAUGGUUAACUUGGAUGUGGAAGUUCAGUGUUCCUUUCUCUCGGGAGAGAGAAGUCCCAGUUCUGUGGUUGUCUUUCUCCUCCAGUGUGCGAGUUCACCUAAUGGAUGUUUUAGAUUUCAUCUUGAGUCCUAACAGCCAGAUUCUCAAACUAUGGCCCCGAUCUUUUAAACUGCCCGUGUUUUGUAACUGAUGUUUUGUGCAGAGUAAAAGGUGCUGUACGAGGAAUUCCAUUUGCAGUGGCUUUUGUCUUGUAGUUACGUGAUUCUGUUAACCCUUUCUUGGUCGGACCUUGAAAAAUACGCAUUGCAUGUUUGCUCCAAGUCUUCAGAGAUCUCAAAGCCUAACAUGGAUAGUCUUAGAAAAAUGAAAUGCACACCUGGUGUUUACUGUCCUUCAGAAUAAAAUGAUAGCCACCUUUCUCUCAUACAGGAGCUGGUAUUGCCCCAAAGAACUCACAGACUGGAUUCCUAAACCCUCUUAUUUCAGAAUAAAUUCCAUAGUAAUUAUUUCAGUACAACUUCUUACUUGCUCUGGGGAGAAGGCCUGGUAAGAGCUUUGGGCAUUAGCACACCCCUUCCUUCCAACUGUGAAGUCGAAGUAACACGAAUUGUGUUGUCUUUAAAUAAAUGCAGUAUCUCCUUGGCCAUUAGGUU